UAAGCUCGUUCAGAAACAUUCCAUUCUUUGCUACUUUACGUAUGUACGUUCUAAUUCACAUUCAACCGGUGGUAGGUAGGCGAUUGAUUGACGAUAAGGAAGCUGUGAAUCUGUGACCCUUCCACUUUCCGCCAUGGUUCGAGCUUGGUUCAUGGACAACGAGUCCACCGAUCAGCGGUUGGAACAUCAUCUCAGCCCGCCGGAGUUCCUGACGUUGGAGGAACUCUUCAGCAGUACUGGAGUAGAGUAUUUCAAGAUAAACGUCCCGACAUACGAUUCGGACGGUGUGCUGGAAGGCAUUCGCAAGAAACGAGGCUACAGCUAUGAGGACGAAAUCACUUGCUCCGAGAAGUGCCUUCCCGAUUACGAAAACAAGCUGAAGAGUUUCUUUACCGAGCAUCUGCAUACUGACGAAGAGAUUCGGUUUGUUUUGGAUGGUUCCGGGUAUUUUGAUGUUCGCAAUGGAAAGGACGAUCGUUGGAUUCGCAUCGAAGUUACGGCCGGGGACAUGAUCGUCAUUCCUGCUGGUAUCUACCAUCGGUUCACGUUGGAUGUUAAGAAUUACAUUCGUGCCAAGCGGUACUUUGUUGGUGAACCUAUCUGGUUGCCAUACAAUCGCCCAUGUGACGAUAUGCAAUGCCGUAAGGAUUAUCUGCAGAGGCUGGAGGUGGGAUUCAGCUCUUGAAGGCGGAUGGUUUUGAAAUUUUGAACAACUAUAAUAUUAAAGUGAUUUGUUGAAUGUGCCUUCGAAAGUAUAUGUUAUUCAUCUCAA